CAAUACUUCAAGCAGAGCAGCCACAACUAUCAGGAAGUGUCCAUGAUUUGAGUCUUUGAAUGAAGAGAUUGAGAUAAAACUGUCCAGUUUGAGUGUUUUUUGCAGCGAACCGUAAAGACGAGCGACCCAUGGAUGUGUGUGUGCUUUGGGGACUUGUAAAAGAAUGUGACUGCCAGAACGGGUGUUGUAUGUAGAUCGCCAUCUGAGGUGCAGGGCAGGUGCACCAGAUGGAGUCUGUGUCGUUACAGACAUUUGGCAUCCGAUUAGUAAACCUAGAGCGUUGUCCGGUCAGAGUAAAGCAGGAGGAGGAGCCGAUUCUAGAGCUCUGUGCUGCUGUCACUGUGGUGCAUACUCGUUUUGGGCCUGCGUCACAUGCAUCCGAAUCUGUAGUGCUGCAGCUCAUCUACGGUAUUCCUCCUGACCUGACUGGAUAGAGGAUACGGUCGUUGUGUGAGGUGCUGUGGUUGCAGGGAGAACGCACCUUAGCUCUCUUCUGGUCUCGUCAGACAUGUUGAUUACAUGGUGGUAUUUAUAUAUUACAGCUCGGAGCAUCCUCCAACAAACAUUGAACAUGGCCUCUAUCCUUCAGAAGCUCAUGACCCCCCUGGUCAGUGGGAACCCGGAGCCACCCAGGAACAAGGUGACGGUGGUGGGGGUCGGACAGGUGGGCAUGGCCUGUGCUGUCAGCAUCCUGCUCAGGGAGCUAGCUGAUGAGCUGGCAUUGGUGGACGUGAUGGAAGACAAGCUGAAGGGAGAGAUUAUGGAUCUGCAGCACGGCAGCCUCUUCCUUAAAACACCCAAGAUAGUCGCAGGCAAAGACUACUCUGUGACGGCUAACUCUCGCAUCGUCGUGGUAACGGCGGGCGUACGUCAACAGGAAGGAGAGAGCAGGUUGAAUCUGGUUCAGAGGAAUGUCAACAUCUUUAAACGCAUCAUCCCUCAGAUCAUCAAACACUCCCCACACUGCAUCAUCAUCGUGGUCUCUAACCCAGUUGAUGUGCUGACCUAUGUGACCUGGAAGUUGAGUGGCCUGCCCAAGCACCGCGUCAUCGGCAGUGGCACCAACCUGGACUCCGCCCGAUUCCGUUACCUGAUGGCAGACAAACUGGGCAUCCACACUUCCAGCUUCAACGGAUGGAUCCUGGGAGAACACGGAGACACCAGUGUGCCUGUGUGGAGCGGAGCUAACGUAGCAGGCGUUAACCUGCAGACGCUGAACCCUGACAUCGGUACUGAUGCUGACCGGGAGAACUGGAGGGAGAUGCACAAGCAGGUGGUCGACAGUGCCUAUGAAGUGAUCACGCUGAAGGGCUAUACUAACUGGGCCAUUGGCCUGAGUGUGGCUGACCUCACAGAGAGUCUGAUCAGGAACAUGAACAGAAUCCACCCUGUCUCUACCAUGGUCAAGGGCAUGUACGGGGUCAAGGACGAGGUGUACCUGAGUCUGCCGUGCGUCCUGAACGCUGGGGGCGUGGCCAGCGUGAUCAACAUGACCCUGACAGAUAAUGAGAUCGGCCAAUUAAAACAGAGUGCUGACACAUUGUGGGGCAUACAGAAGGACCUGACGGAUGUGUAACAGAACAACAGGGGGCGCCACACUCCACUCACCACCAGGCUGCAUCCCAAUAAUAUCUCCUUUGUCCUUAAGUGUGGCCUCCUUCACAAUUUUCAAAUCUACAAAAUGUAUCUAAUCUUGAUUCACACAAUCCUAAAGUAUUGGAUCGCUGGAGGCAUGGGCCAGUGCCGGUUUACAUCAGUAAUUUCCUUUCAAAUCAAUGAAGGGAACUAGUGCACACUUUUGGAGGAAGGAUAGAUAAUUGGGACAGAGCCCCACUCUCCUGAUCACCUAUAACGUAUGUCACUUAGAAAACAAGACGCUUUUAUCCAAAAUAACUUUCAGUAUGCAUAUAUUUUGAAUGUGUAUUUGUUGUCUGCGGUAAUUCCCUUCAUUAAUUUUAAAUGUUUUUAUUUUUUACCUUUUAUUUAACUAGGCAAGUCAGUUAAGAACAAAUUCUUAUUUUCAAUGACGGCCUAGGAACAGUGAUUAACUGCCUGUUCAGGGGCAGAAUGACAUUGUCAGCUCGGGGGUUUGAACUCACAACCUUCUGGUUACUAGUCCAACACUCUUACCACUAGGCUACCCUGCCGCCCCCCGUUUAAACUCACAUAAGUUGUUCUGGAUAAGAGUGUCUGCUGAAUGACGUAAAUGUAAAAUGUAGUUGAACCUGAAACUUUUCCAUUGCUAGCACUGCACUACACUCUUAACUGGGCUACACAGUUAAAAAAAAAAAAAAAAAAACUUCCAAAAAUACACUGUCAGUGUCACUGCUCCCAUUUUACACUCUAGUACUGUUCUUAGCUUCCCUGUUAUCUGGGAGGGGGUUUGGGUCACCAUGGAAAUAGGAUCUAGUUCUUCUAUUUCUAUGUUGGUCUCAUGGGCACUUGGUUUGAGGGUUACUUUGUACAUGACUGCUUUACUGGAAAAGGGGCAGUCUUUGGGUUGGUGAACAGCACUAUAAAAAUAAUAUUUAUUCAGGUGUGGGAUCAGCAAAAGCUUCAGUCAUUUGUCCUUAUCAGAAUGAAGAGAAAUACAAUCUGUCAAUCAGGUUGUUUGAUGUGUAAAUGAAUAAAGCAAGAUUAUUUAUUG